AUAGAUGAUUUUUCAUUGAGUCAAUAUUAUAAUUAUUGAAGUAUUAUUGUUCAUGUAAAGUAAUAUUUAUAGUCACAGGUGAGAAUAAUAUGGACGAAUUCACAGAGCAAUAUUUAAAAGAAUGGGGUUUUGACUAUUUAGUCAGCCGUUUUAAAGAGGAAGAAAUAGAUAGAAUUGCAUUUUUAGACUUAACUGAAUCAAUGGUAGCUAGACUGAUUCCAAAAAUGGGACCACAAUCCAAAUUCUUUAAAUUACUACAAACACUAAGAGAAGAAAUUCAGAAGGAUAAAGUAGGUUACUUAUUUAUUAUUAUACAUUCUAUUAAUUCUUAGGUAAAUAGAUUCAAAUAGAUUUAUGAAAGUAUUAUUAUACAAGUAGACAUUCUCAAACUGUUUGUUACUAGGAAAUAGCAUUAACAGAAUCUACUACCAGUGAAUCUGGUGCAUCUAGUUCUUUGAAUUUAAUCGACAUUGGUAAUAUUGCAAAUUUUGAAAUUCUUAGUACUCAAGAGAAUUUUAACAGUUUAGCUAAUGAGGAAAUGCUACCUACCACAAAUUCAAAUUUAGGUAGAAUAAUUUUCUUGUUUAUUACCUACCUUAAUAAAUUCACUAUAUUAUCCAAUGUUAUUAAUUUUUAAAUCAUAUGUUAAUAUAGAUUCAAAUGAAAAUUAUUUAUACUUAGGUCAAU